AUGACAAUCAGAGAAGUACUCACAGAAGAAACAACUUCCGAUCGCUACGAAGAAUACUUCGACCCACAAAAGAAGGUCGAUUCAAAGACUUUCCCCACCCAGGAACGUGAACUGCUUCACGAUGACUUGGAAAAUAAUAUCUCACUCUCUACAAGUGCAGAAGACCAAAAUGACUCUUAUAACGUCGAUGGGAAGACCGAAGGAACAAGAUUGAAAAAAGUUCUGGAGGGAAGAGUCGUUUCCAUGGUCGCCAUUGGUGGUAGUUUGGGUACUGGUCUAUUAAUCGGUACAGGUAACUCUUUGGCUACUGCCGGUCCAGUUUCUAUGCUAAUCGCCUACGCCUUUGUCGGUCUAUUAGUGUUCUUCACUAUGGCCUCUUUGGGGGAAAUGGCUUCUUAUAUCCCAUUAGAUGGGUUCACAAGUUAUGCUACUCGUUAUGCUGAUCCUGCCCUUGGGUUCGCUGUGGGUUAUUGCUACCUUUUCAAAUAUUUUAUCUUACCUCCAAAUCAAUUAACCGCCGCUGCAUUAGUCAUUCAAUACUGGAUCCCAAGAGAAAAAGUUAACCCUGGUGUUUGGAUUACCAUCUUCUUAGUCGUCAUCGUCGCCAUUAAUACACUAGGUGUUCAAUUCUUUGGUGAAUUCGAAUUCUGGUUAUCCAGUUUCAAAGUCCUUGUCAUGUUCGCCUUAAUCAUCUUAUUAUUCAUCUUAAUGUUAGGUGGUGGUCCAAAUCAUGACAGAUUGGGAUUCAGACACUGGAAACAUCCAGGUGCAUUCAAUAAUUAUUCUCCAGCAAUUACAGGCGACACAGGUAAAUUUGUCGCUUUCGUUUCCGUCUUUGUCUACGCUACUUUCGCUUACUUAGGUACUGAAUUGGUUGGUAUUGUCGUUGGUGAAGCUAGAAAUCCAAGAAAAAGUGUUCCAAAGGCUAUUAAAUUGACCAUGUACCGUAUCAUCAUUUUCUAUUUAAUUAGUAUCUUACUAUUGGGAAUGUGUGUCGGGUAUGAUGACCCACUUUUAUUAGAAGCUAAGACCAAGAGUACCUCAGCUGCUGCCUCUCCAUUUGUCGUCGCCAUCGUUAACUCAGGAAUUAAAGUGUUACCACACAUCUUUAAUGCAUGUGUCUUAGUCUUUGUCUUCAGUGCUUGUAACUCAGAUUUAUACGUCGCUUCCAGAAGUUUGUACAGUUUAGCCAUCGAUAACAAGGCUCCUAAAAUUUUUGCAAGAACUAACAGAUGGGGGAUUCCAUAUUAUUCCCUCGGGUUAUCAGUCCUAUUCUGUCUUUUAGCAUACAUGAGUGUUUCCUCUGGUUCCGCUAAGAUCUUCAACUAUUUCGUCAAUGUCGUUUCCAUCUUUGGUUUAUUAAGUUGGAUUUGUAUCCUAGUCACUUAUUUGGCAUUCGACAGAGCCGUCAGAGCACAAGGUAUUGAUAAAUCCACUUUUUCAUACGUCGCUCCAGGUCAACGUUAUGGUGCUUAUUUCGCUUUGUUCUUUUGCUCUUUAAUCGCUUUGAUUAAAAACUUUACUGUCUUUUUAGGUCAUCAAUUUGAUUACAAGACUUUCAUUACAGGUUACAUUGGUAUACCAGUCUUUUUCAUCUCUUACUUUGGUUAUAAACUCAUUUAUAAGACUAAGAUUAUUGACCCAUUAGAAGUGGAUCUUUACACUUUCAAAGCUGCCAUUGAUCAAGAGGAAGAAGAUGGGAAAUUGGAAGACAUUGCUAGAAAGGAAAGAAUAAAGGCUAACGGAAGAAAUUUCGAAUGGUUCUACGAUAAAUUCUUAAGCAAUAUCUUUUAA